GUGGGGGGUUAAUGAUGUAAAACAGUAAGGCUUGAAGUCAGUGCGGGUAAGCUGAAGCAGUGUAACUGUAAAGGGAUACUUCAGCUCCCCACCAGCAGGCUGUUGUGCGGAGCGGCCGUGCGCGUCUCAUUAACAGGAUCACUUUACAAGCCUCAAACAAAUAGGUCAUUAUCCAUCACAGCUGCCUGCGUGGACCAUCCACAAACACACACACACACACACACACACACACACACACACACACACACACACACACAUUUUAUGUCUCAUCACAUUCAAAUUUUAUGGUCAACAGUGUGUUUUUGAUGAAACUCUUCAAAUAAACUGUGGCCAGUCUGUAGUAUGUCCAAGCCAGUUUAGGCUUCUAACGUCAAUCUCAACCGCUUUCAACAGACGGGCCUGCGCACAAAUCCAAUCUCGGUUUUAAUUUAUUUGACUGUCUUGCUAUGUUUACACAGCAUUUCUAACUGUGGCCCACUUAGAAAUUAAUAUAUACUCGAUAAACUUUAUAUCCUUAUAAACAAAUAGAAUUUCAGAACUACUUUUGAGCUUUUUAUGGCAAAGUUAACCGUCAUAAUAACACCAGGGAAUUUAUAUCACACCACUUAACCCAUCACGCUAUUCAUUUUGACAGUAAAGAUUUAGUCUUAGUCAAAAAUAAAGGCUAUAGGUUAUAAAGCAUUCCUGAAAACGGAGUCCCAUUUACAGCCAUGAGUAAAGCAUUGAGGACAUACAAUAUCUUCUCCUCAAUCCCAUAUCUACCGGGGACCCUCCGAGGGGAAGGGGGUCUCGCUUUUGGCCACCUGCACCGCGACACCUGGUAAACGAUACGCCCUCUCUGCGCAUGCGUAAUAGCCUGCCAAAAAUCCCAACGCCGUCUCGCCUGUCAACCAAUAGUGACCCAAUCUGUCCGGAGAUAAAGUCAGAGCAGGGUGGAGACGGGUGAAGUGAAGUGGAAGAUUUCAGACCUGAGCAGCACAGACUGAGUGAAGGAGAGUGGAAAAACAAAACCAUGCCGAGGUCUUUCCUGGUGAAGAGCAAACGGGCCCACAGCUACCACCAGCCCCGGUACCCUGACGAUGACUACAGUAGACUGGACACUAUUCUGGCUCACGCGUGCGCGGAGACCAAAUCUCAGGCGGAGUAUGAAUCAAACUUGGAGCCGCAUGAGGAUGUGUCCGCCGGCACUGACAGACUGUCUCCCGGGUCCCGGCUGAUGUCCCCGCGGUCGCUGUCCUCCAGCUCCCCGCUGAGCUGCGGAGGCAGCGUGUGUGACCGAUCGUCCGACUGUGAUUUCUGGCGUCCCCCGUCUCCCUCCUCCUCACCAGAUUCAGAGAAAUGCUCCACCCCAGCAGCGGAGGACGGUCACCACUUCAACAUUCCCUUCUUUCCUUACUCCUGGUCAGCAUACUCCGGCUCUGAGCUGAGGCAUCUGGUUCAGGGACCGUACCGCCAGCACCAACACCACCACCACCUCCAGGGCCACAGGGAGCCUAAGUCACCCGUCAGCAUCUACGGGGCAGACGACAGCGGCACCGAACCGCUUUACGCACAGCGGGGUCCCGCGGCCGGAUGCUUCCGGGAUUUUUCUUCCACGACCCAUCAAAUCCGCAGGAUGCGAGACGGAGACGAGCUGUAUCUGGAUGUAAAGCAGAAGCCCCGCGGUGCGGAAAUCAAGUCUGAAAAUGAUUUUAUCUGCUCUAACUUCGAGUCCAGUGGAUCCUACAAGUGCAUCAAGUGUUGCAAGGUGUUUUCCACACCUCACGGAUUGGAGGUUCAUGUGCGGCGGUCGCACAGCGGGACCCGGCCUUUUGAGUGCGGGAUCUGCGGUAAAACCUUCGGACACGCAGUGAGCCUGGACCAGCACAGAGCAGUUCACUCACAGGAGAGGAGCUUCAGCUGUAAAAUCUGCGGCAAAAGCUUCAAGCGCUCCUCCACACUGUCCACGCACCUGCUCAUCCACUCGGACACGCGGCCUUAUCCGUGCCAGUACUGCGGGAAGAGAUUUCACCAGAAGUCAGACAUGAAAAAACACACUUUCAUCCACACAGGUGAGAAGCCGCACAAGUGUCAGGUGUGCGGGAAGGCCUUCAGUCAGAGCUCCAACCUCAUCACACACAGCAGGAAACACACGGGCUUCAAACCCUUCGGCUGUGACCUCUGCGGGAAGGGGUUUCAGAGGAAAGUGGACCUGAGGAGACACAAGGAGACGCAACACGGACUGAAAUGAACACACCUCGAUGCUUUAAGAUGAAAAAAAAAAAGGAAAAUCCUGCACUUUUAAUGUACUGACUAUGCAUAUGGAUGGUCGUGUUUUAAUUUAUUCUGUUUUAUUGUUUGUUACUGUUUUUUUUUUCCCUACAGUUAAAUGUUAGUUAGUUAAAUAUUUAGCCUGAGAUAUGCUAGUUGAUUUUAUGGAAAUAAAAGUUUAUUUAUCGAGUGUGUUUUUAAAAAGUAGGCUGUGAAUAUUAAAAACUCAGCUGUGUUUCCAA